AUGACGAGACGAAGGAGCGCGUGCAGCAUGUCCACCGAGUGGCACGACGCCAGCGGCGCCAGCUUGAUGGCCUUUUGCGGAGCUCGCAGGAGGCCUUGGACUGGCUUCUUUCACUCUGCUCCUGAGCAGCAUCGCUUCUGGGUCGCUUUGUGUCGGAGUUGUGGCCGGGCGGAACUUCCGAGUUUGCAGAUCAACCAUCCAUCUUUCGCAGCGACUGGAGCCAAUGUGCCCGCGCUCGUGGAUCGCUUGUGGUUCCGACCUUGCAUCCAAGCUCACCGAGCAGGCGCAAAGCUCUGUGGACGAGAUGCUUUGUGCAUACAGACGACACGUGUUUUGCGUGUGGGCAUCGCUUCUGGGUCGCUUUGUGCCGGAGUUGUGGCCGGGCGGAACUUCCGAGUUUGCAGAUCAGCCAUCCAUCUUUCGCAGCGACUGGAGCCAAUGUGCCCGCGCUCGUGGAUCGCUUGGCAUUCCGACCUUGCAUCCAAGCUCACGGAGCAGGCCAUUGGAAAAGCAGCUGCGGGCUCUGCUCAUGGGCUACGAUCCCGAGUCGCGCUGCCUGUACGGCUUCUUUUUCAUUUGACCCAGUGA